AUGCAAGAACUUUACUGGUUGAGAGGAAGACGGAGAUGGAUGGAUUGGGAUGACGAUGCUGGGGAGAGAGGAGAGAGGGGAGGGGCAACGAAUUACAAGACAAUAGAACGGUUUUCUUUGAUUCGAGUCAAGGCCAAGGUCAAGGUCAGAAAGAGGUCAGAAGAGGUGCAUUACUCCGCCACAUGGUUGAUGGAAAAGAAUAAAGUUCAUCCAUCGGUCGAAGAUUUCGGGUUUAAAGAAGAAACCUUGUGGAAAGACAAGCUGGCGGGCCAAAAGAAGAAGAAGAAGAAGAAGAAGAAGAAGAAGAAGAAGAAGAAGAAGAAGAAGAAGAAGAAGAAGAAGAAGAAGAAGAAGAAGAAGAAGAAGAAGAAGAAGAAGAAGAAGAAGAAGAAGAAGCAGAAGCAGCAGCAGAAGAUAAUGGAUGAACUGAUUGAUGGAUGA